AUGACCCUCCCUUACAAGGCUGCGGCACUGUGGCCGUGCCGCACAGCUACCGAAGCGUCCUUUGAAUUAUGGAAGCUUAUAGUCUUUGCGGAGAACAACAAGGAAUACGAGAAGACGUGGUCUCGCCUAUGCCACGAAUUCAACGACGAACAGGCACUUCUUAUCUAUCUCUACAAAGCCUACUUGCAUAUAAGUGCCCAGUGGGUUAGUUGCUACAUCAAAAAGUACCACAACUUCGGCGUUCGCGUGCCCUCUGGCACCGAGGCCAGCAACAACAACGUCAAAAGCUACUUGCUGAACGGGACGAGCCAUUUGUACGGGCUUGUUGAAGCAAUUGAGGGCAUGCUGAGAGAUCAGGAGCGCGAUUUCGCCGAUAAGUGCUCUCAAGAUGAAGUCUUGACGGCGCGAACCUAUUCUGGGCCCCCGGUUCGGAGUAUCUGGGAGAACUCCGCAUGGUGGUAUCGCAGCCAGGACUCGACCUGA